AUGUCCGACGCUGCUAAGCUCGGGAGAAAAAGACCUAUUACGGAAGAAGAAACUAUAAGAGCGGAAAGAAAAUGGGCGGUUAAUAGUGAAAUUAAUAGUGGAAUUCUACAAGAGCGUCAUAUAUUCUAUUAUUCUAAUCUAGAGAGAAAUGAUAUGAAUCAGAAACGUGAUGAAUAUGUAGCGCUUUAUGAUGCACGGGCUUCUGGAAAGUCUACACUAGCGCAUCUAAUUAGGAGACAGUUGAAGGAUGAAGGUUUUUAUUAG